AUGUCUGUGCAUCUUGCCUCUGAUCUGAAAUCUCAUCCUGACUAUAUGGUAGCUAUUUAUGCAAAGAAAUUUUAUGAACGUCUGAAUAAUCAAACAUCGAUCGCAAAACUAGCUGGAAUUCUCGACAUAUGGGAGCUAGGACUAGCAUUUAGGAUCUUCCCUCGCUCUCAAACUCAAAGUAUUCACAUGCGCUCAGAUGAUGAUGUCUUGAACUUGAUGGGUGAAAGUGAUGUAAUUCGGUAUCGCAAUGGUAAGCUCCCACAAACUGGGUCAGCAAGAAUCCGUUGCAGUUCCAAAAGGGUCCUUUUUGUUGGUGAUUUCGGUACUAAAGGAGAUGGUCUUAGUAAUGAUACUGAGUUCUGUCAUCAUUUUGAGCUUAUUAUAUAG